AUGUAUAGCGGGUUGCUGCCUUCGGCGUUGCCGGUGAGAAGCACGCCUUCGAACGAGGUGACGACGUGGGACGAAGGUGCCGUGAUCAUUGCGAGCGCCUUCUUCAGCGUCGUUGGCGAUGUCGACGACAAUGCGCAAAGGACGAUGAUGUUGAUGGCGCUGCUUCUGACGACGACAACCCCGCUGCUGACGCCGCCACUACCACCGCUACCGACGAGGUCGAUGUUCCUGUCGGGGCCACCGGGUCGGCAAAUCUAG